AUGUACGCCGCCAACUAUGGCUUUCCCAAUGGCGCCCCACCCUCGCAGAACCCUCAAAUGCAAGGCCAAGGUCCGAAUCCCAAUCAGCCGCCUCAGCAGCAGCAGCAGCAACAGCAACAGCAACAACAACAGCAGCAGCCGCCGCCGCCGCAGCAGCAGCAGAUGAUGUACAACCACCAGCAGUUCCCCAUGGGCGCCCCCGGCGGCGCCUUUCCAGGCGGCCCCAAUGCCAAUAUGAUGUCCGGUGCUGGCCCUGCAGGUGGAAUGAUGCAGAGCGCCGGCAUGCCGCACAUGGCUGCCGCCAAUGGCCAAAUGCCCAACUACCCGACAGGAUAUCCGAACAAUCCUUAUGGAGCUGGUGUACCGACAUCUGUCGCACCUCAGAUGAAUAUGCCACCGAAUUACGCCAUGGGCGGCGGUAUGCCCAUGGGUGGAUUCCAAAUGCAUCCUGGGCAGAUGACUCCUCAGCAGCAACAACAAAUGAUGCAGCGGAUGCAGCAUCCGCAACAGAGCCCGGGAGGCAUGCCCUCGAAUACUCCCCAACGCCAGUUCCCCGGCCAAGGCCAGACGCCUGUUCCUCAGAGCACACCCACGCCCAACAAUUCCCUUCCGUCGCAACAGCCUCAGUUCUCGACGCCUCAAGCGACUCAUCCUUCCCACCAGAGUCAGACGCCGAAUAGUGCGCUCCAACAACCUCAACAACCACUGGGUAGCAAUAUCCAAACGCCACAAACGCCAACCUUUCCCUCCAAUGUGCAAGGCGCCGCUUCUAAUGGUAACUCGAACACUGGCCCGCUUAGUCCAGGAGCGGAGCAGCGGGAGAAGGAUAGGAUCGCAGUGAUUCUUGAGAUCAAUAGUGAGCUGCUAUGGGAAGCAUCGCAGGUGCAAAACACAAUGCUCGCGAUAAAAAACGAAAAACCGCCUGCAGCGAAUGGAACCCCCAACGACACUGAGAAGACCGAGGAGGAAAAGUUACUGAUGCAAGACUUCACACACUGCAUGCGCCGGCUACAAGGAAAUCUUGCUUAUUUGGCACAUUUGGCGGAUAACAAAAAGGCUGCCUCAGGACAAGCAGCAGCACAUCCGUCCUACAUGAAGCCGCCGCCGCUGAGUAUAAAAGUGAGGAUAAGAGCGAUGCCGCCGCCAGACGGUUCAGAGGGGAAGACCGUAGAGCCAGCCAACAGAGACGAUACGAUCAAAUACUUCAACGAACUGUAUACAAAGCUGCAACACCUCUACCCAGGAGUAGACUACAACAAAGAACCGGCACUCCCACCGCCAGGCGCACGGCCCGGACCCCAGGGGCCAAAUGCGCACAAGGCAAUGUCGUCGCAGUCAAAUAUCCAGAUGGCAAGUCCUGUGCCUGGGAAACAGCCGACACCAAAGUUGGCCACAUCAGGCCCACCGCAGAUGCCCUUCGGCCAGCCCAUGAACGGCCCUCCGGCUUGA